CUGGAUAUGAACCAGGAUUCUAGACUUUAACAGCUUGUCCUGGAUAUGAACCAGGAUUCUAGACUUUAACAGCUUGUCCCGGAUAUGAACUAGGGUUCUAGACUUUAACAGCUUGUCCUGGAUAUGAACCAGGGUUCUAGACUUUAACAGCUUGUCCUGGAUAUGAACCAGGAUUCUAGACUUUAACAGCUUGUCCUGGAUAUGAACCAGGGUUCUAGGGAACGUAUGUUUGGAUGGUCAUUGAUGACCAAUAAUGGGUAAGUAGUGAAAGUAAUUCUUGGCACAGUGUUUGACCGACACAAUUGGCCUGAUGGACAGUAUUCACACCUUGACUUUUUCCUCAUUUUGUCACAAAGUGGGAUUUGUUGUUGUCAACGAUCUAGAUAAGUAUUCAACCCCCCUGAGUCAAUACAUGUUAGAAUCCCAUUUCUUCCUCUCUGGCGACUGAGUUAGGAAGGAGGCCUACAUCUGUGUAGUGACUGGGUGUAUUGAUACACCAUCCAAAGUGUAAUUAAUAACUUCACCAUGCUCAAAGGGAUAUUACAUUUCUGUUUUUUUAUUUGAUUUUUUACCCAUCUACCAAUAGGUUCCCUUCUUUGAGAGGCGUUGGAAAACAUCCCUAAACUUUAUGGUUGAAUCUGUGUUUGAAAUUCACUGCUCGACUGAGGGACCUUUCAGAUAAUUGUAUGUGUGGAGUACAGAGAUGAGGUAGUCAUUCAAAAAUCAUGUUAACAACUGUUAUUGCACACAGAGUGAGUCCAUGCAACUUAUUAGAUGACUUGUUAAACACAUUAUUUUACUCCCGAACUGAUUUAGGCUUGUCAUAACAGGGUGGUUGAAUACUUAUUGACUCAAGACAUUUUAGCUUUCAUUUUUUAAAUUCCACUUUGACAUUGUGGGGUAUUGUGUGUAGGCCAGUGACACAACAUCUCAAUUUAAUCCAUUUUAAAUUCAGGCUGUAACACAACGAAAUGUGGAAAAAGUCUAGGGGUGUGAAUACUUUCUGAAGGCGCGGUAGGUAGAGUAGAUCUUUCCUUUGUCUGGCCCUCCGGUGGCUACCGAGGAUGAAAAGCCAGCCUUUUUACAUACCGAUAGCGCCAUCUAGUGGAUAACCUAUAACCCACAUCAAAUACAAUGCCGUUUCGUUUAUUACAGGUCUACAAUUAAAACAUAUCAGUAAUAUCAGAAGGAUGCUCUGAUAUUUCAUCAUGAAUGUGGUUUUGAAAAGUAUAUUUAUUGUGUAGCCUACUUCUCAGAGUCACACACAGACCGGGAAAGGGAUUCACUGUUAUUUAUACCCCUCCCUUCCCCCAAUGGUUCUCCCAGAACAGUGUCUUGCCUGCAGUGUGAAUGGUAGCAGCCAGCUUCGUUCUGUGUCAUGACUUGGAGUUCUGAAAGCACUUUUACUUUGAAUAAUGCGCCGUUACAUUCGUGCAUUCCUCGUGUGCAUGUUGUUUGCCGUAUUCUCGGCCUUGUACGUGUAUAGUAAACUAUUUUAUUCAGAUCUGUCGGUCGGAGGAGGAGGACUGGGUGAGAAGACUUUCCUCCAUCGAGCCGCGGACUCUAAGCGAAGCGACAUUGGACAAGAAACCAGGCGAGGCCCAGACGAAACAGACCCAGGCGAUCAACCCUGGUACACUGGGGACAUCCUGAGGAAAGCAGAGGGCCGUGUGAGGACUGCUGCAGCCAUGCACCUGGCUGUCGUGGCCUGCGGACAGAGACUACAGGAGACUCUCACCAUGCUGAAGUCUGCUGUUAUGCUCAGCAUCAAACCACUGUGCCUACACAUCUUCGCUGAAGACCAGCUGCACGCCAGCUUUAUAGAGGCUUUGGAGUCGUGGCCAGGUUCGUUCCGCUCCAGGUUGAACUACACUCUGUACCCCAUCACUUUCCCCCGUGAGAAUGCUGGAGAGUGGAAGAAGCUCUUCAAACCAUGUGCUUCUCAGAGACUAUUCCUACCUCUCAUCCUAAAGAAAGUGGAUUCUCUAGUCUACGUCGACUCGGACAUCUUGUUCCUCCAGCCUGUAGACGCUCUGUGGUCCCUGCUAGCUCACUUCAACGCUACCCAGCUGGCCGCCAUGGCGCCGGAGCACGAGGAGCCGCGCAUCGCCUGGUACAGCCGCUUCGCCCGCCACCCCUACUAUGGCAGGACGGGCAUCAACUCUGGAGUCAUGCUCAUGAACAUGACACGCAUCAGGGCCACAUACUUCAAGAAUGACAUGACGUCACUGGGUCUGAGGUGGGAGGAGCUGCUGAUGCCCCUAUUGCAGAAAUAUAAACUAAACAUGACCUGGGGAGACCAGGACCUGCUCAACAUCAUCUUCCAUCACAACCCUGAGUGUCUGUUGGAAGUCCCCUGCCACUGGAACUACCGUCCAGACCACUGUAUCUACGGCAGUAACUGUGGCUCCGCGGAGGAGGAGGGUAUCUUUAUCCUGCACGGGAACAGAGGAGUGUACCAUGACCUCAAACAGCCUGCCUUCAGGGCCGUCUACGACGCCAUACGACAGUACUCAUUUAGGGAGGAUCCUGUGAGCUCUCUGCUGGUCCCACUGGAAGAAGAGCUGUUGAAGACGACCCGUUCAUACUGUGGUAAAUCACAUGUUCUGUUUACUAAGAGACUGGCUCACAGCCUGGCCAACGUCAACAGAGAUGCUCAGCGUCCACAUGGACGGGAGUCUGAAGUCCUGGGCCUCCAGGCUGUCCUAUAGUGUUGUCAUGUUCAGAGAGGUGAUAGCCUGGGUUCUGUUCAUUAGAGCACACUGUAGCAAAACUUUUUGCAACGGAUAACUAAAAUGGGCGUUUCUUAUUGGACAAGUUGAGCUAGUGCCUACUCUGUUUCAUUUUGUCGUCUUCUGUUUCAUGACUACUUGGCACCUACAGCUACAUGGCUGAAUGAAUUCAUUUAUACAUUUUAUUUAACUGGACAAGUCGGUUAAGAACAAAUUUUAAUUUUACAAUAUCAGCCUACCCCGGGAAAACCCUCCCCUAACCCGGACGAUGCUGGGCCAGUUGUGGGCCACCCUAUGGGACUUCCGAUCACAGCCGGUUGUGGGCCACCCUAUGGGACUCCCGAUCACGGCCGGUUGUGAUACAGCCCGGAAUCAAAUCAAGGUCUGUAGUGACGCCUCUAGCAUUGAGAUACAGUGUCUUAGACCACUUCGCCACUCGGGAGGAAGAGACGAGAUGGAUGUUGGUGACUUCAUAUGCAGGAGAUACAUACUGUGUGAAGAAUGAUGUCGCUGUCAUCACUACAGAUCCCAUAUCUUGUUCAGCGUUUCUCUGGUCAUAGUCAUCUGUAUAGGAGGCUAUAUGACAUUUCCAAUGCUGACGAGGCUCUUCUUUAAUAGUGCUGUCUGCUGUAUUCAAGAGGCCUUGCUCUCCAUAUUGGAGAAUGUGGUCUUAUCCGGCCUGCAGAACAUGACUAAACUCAAUCAGUCUUCCUAAGCUAGAUGGUACCUCUCCUAUUGACAAAGAGCUACUCUGAGGCCUCUGCCAUAAUGUGGACAGCAUAGUGCCAUGGGAGAAGAAGGAGGCACAGACAGGAAGCUGUUUUGGAGUUUGCUUGAUCGAAAAUGCACUUUUUUCAAUGGCAGUCUUUCCCCUUUCUAUUUUAAGAUAAGAGGAACAAGAUACGGAUUAAUGUGAGUUCUGGAUGUUUACAGUUUAUUGUCGUUCUUUAGUUUUUGUGUCAAUUUGUUUACUUUGGAAAUAGUUACAACCAGUACUUCUCUUUGUGUGUUAUUUUGUUUGUGAAGGUUUUAUUAGAUGUGGUAUGGAUGAAGCCUUCCGUACUUUCUGCACUGAUCUGUUUCAGACACAUUGUCAGACAUUUAUAAAAGUCUUUAUUACUCUGAUGUCAAUUCCCUCCUUUAAACAUGCUGGAACAUUGUCUUUGAAAAACCACUUUACUCUGCAGUCAGUCAGUUUUCAUGUGUUGUUCAGACGACAGAUCGUCUUCGGUACAUUCAUUUGCGUUGUGUUUAUAGCUAAUGCCAAAGUUUUUUUGCACUGUUGAAUGUUUAUUUGAAACAUUGACCGUCAAAACAAACAACUUCCUUCUGUCUGUCAUAGAAUGAUCUUGAAGAUGUUUAGUCAUUUGUACAAUGCAUAUCUUCCUAAUGAUUACUUUGUGUAUUUUAUUAUGUGUAAACAGGUAACUGCAGUAUAUUUUGUAGCAGAAAGGUAGUACUCCCCUUUUUGUAUAUGUCUGUCACUGUAUCUUAACCAACACGUAAUGUAUUCUGUUAAAUCCAGUAGUACACAAUUUGAUAGCUUGCCACCAGAUGGCAGUAUUGCUGCAUCAUGAACAGCAGUUAGCUGGACGAGAGGAGAGACUGUCAGGUUCACCUAUUACAUUGAGGGGGAUUCAUGACUAAAUGUGGGACAAAUAUACACCGUUAACUAAAUGUAUGCCGUCAAAAUAUCUAUGCAGCAAUAAUGUUAUGGGGCGCUGCCUGUGUGGUUCAGAUGGGAGUCAAUCUAUCAAUAAAUCAAGUAUAAAUUCUU